UUAUGACGUGGUGCAUGAUGGGUAUGGCGACUAUGUGGCCGGAGCAACAACAUUGAAUUUCAGCGUUAUGUGUAAACUCAAAUUUUAAGUUCUUUGUGAUUUUUUCAACGAUUGUCUCUUAUAAGUAAAGUAAUCAAAAUGAAUUUCAAUUCUACGGGUGGCAGACACCCUGCUCAGCGCAACAGCCGCAAGCUCAAAGCAGGUGGUGAUGCUGCGCCUGCUUCUCCUAUGGCUCCAUAUCCAGCGCCAUACAAUCCUUCAUAUCCUUCAUAUGCUCCGCCCCCAUAUGGACAGCCUGGUGCCGAUAUGUAUGCCCAACAACAUGUUUCCAUGCCAGGAGGUGGUGAAUACAUGCAGCCUAUGCAACCCCAAAAUAUGGGAGGGUUCCCUGGGGGCCCCCAAAUGAAUCAAGGUUUUGCCAUACCAUCCCAAGUUUUUUCACAGCCAAUUGUUGCUGACUUAGCCAUGCAAUAUGGAGCUAGUAUGGUUGGUGCAGGAAGACAAAUUGUUGACAGAGAACUAGAAAAAUAUGUUCCUGUUUCAAGACUCAAGUACUACUUUGCUGUUGACACAAAAUAUGUCGCUAACAAGCUACGACUACUCUUCUUUCCAUUUACCCAUUCUGACUGGUCUAUGAAAUAUGAACAAGGACAACCUGUACAGCCUAGGUUUGAAUUGAAUGCCCCUGACCUCUAUAUUCCUACCAUGGCAUAUGUCACAUAUGUUUUACUAGCGGGUUUUGUCCUUGGUUUCCAAAAUCGCUUUACACCUGAAAAACUGGGUAUUCAAGCAUCGUCAGCCUUAGCUUGGGCAAUAGCUGAAGUUCUUCUGGAACUAAUUACCCUUUAUGUGACAAAUAUUAAUACGAAUCUUACAACUCUUGAUCUGGUAGCUUAUAGUGGAUACAAAUAUGUUGGGAUGAUAUUUGCUGUACUUUUAAGUCUUGCUUUCAGUAAGACAGGUUACUACCUUGGCCUGCUUUACUUCAGCUUAUCCCUGGCCUUUUAUCUGAUACGCACACUAAAGUGUCAGGUACUACCUGAAAGUGAAGUUCAGCAGCCAAGUCAUGAUAUGUAUGGGAAUCCUAUCAUGAGUGGCCCUCAACAUACCUCUGGUGGAAAUAAAAGAAGAACAUACAUCCUUCUUUUUGUUGCUGGCAUUCAACCAGUGCUUAUGUGGUGGUUGUCCUACCACCUUGUCUCUCUACCUGUCGUCUAAUUCUCUUUUCACUGUCAUCCUUCAGUUUACAACAAUCUUUGAUUAAAUC